CAUGCAUACUAUUGGACGUAUGUAUAUACAUAAGUAGGCACAUAUGCGUCUUGUAAUAAACGGCAUUGUGGUACACACAAGACUCUUCGUACUGUUAAGUCAUGCAAGCUUCUAUAAUAACAAAGUAUAUUUGUAAUUUUUCGUAACAAAAAUUUCCGAUAAUAUACGUACAUUUCUCUUGAGAUUAUUACAUACACUUGAAGAAAAACUAUAACCUAAAAUCAUAGUAGUUAUAAAAUAUGCGGGAAAUAUAAUUAUCAUGAAGAAAAGAAAAACAAGACGCCAACUUUUAGCGGAAAAGGAAGCCACUGCAAAAGAAUUAGUCGAUAAAGCAAAUUCUAUAACAAAUCCCUUAGAGCACCUAAAUUAUUUUCACAAAUAUGAAAUGAAAAAUAACCAGACCAUUGAACUUUUUUGUACAAGAGCCAAAGAUGCACAACCCGAAUGUUUGUCUUGGAUAUUUGAUAUUAUGGAGCGUAAUAUGAAAUCUCUAUAUGAACAAUGCGAUUGGGGAUGGGAUCCAAUUGCCAAACAACAAGAAUUAACAGAACCAACUGCUUGGUAUUUAAUAGCAUCUUUGAACAAUACGUUUCUUGGAUUUUCUCACUUUCAGUUUACUAUAGAUCAUAGGGAAGAAGUAUUAUAUUGCUACGAGAUACAAUUGGAAUCAGUGGUAAGGCGAAAAGGACUUGGUCAUUUCAUGAUGUCGGCCCUUGAAUGUAUGGCAUUGGAAUGCAAAAUGCGUAAAGUUGUUUUAACUGUAUUUAAACACAAUCCAUCAGCUAUGCAGUUUUUCUUUUCUCUUGGUUACAAGCUGGAUAAAACCAGUCCAUCGGCGGUAUCCGAUCAAUUACACUAUAUUAUUCUGAGUAAGGCCGUUGAUACUGGAUCAAUGAGCAAGAAAAAGAGCUAACUUUGUAUCAAACUAUAUAAG